UGUCAUAGUGUUGGUGUGCUGUAAACAAUCUUUCAAAAAGUCGCGUUUUUCGAAUUGCGUCGGUUUUCAAGCCGGUUACUUUGAAUAUUUGUAUAUUUUCCAUCGAUUGAACUGAAAAUAGCUGCCAUGAGAGCUAAAUUUUUCCAAAAAUGUUGUCGACUAUGUUUGGACGAUACGAGAGAACAAUUGGAAAUUCGAUCGGUGGAACGACUGACUCAGACGCUGCUAGAAUUAUACAAUCUGAAGAUUACUAACCAAGACCGGUGCAGUCAAAAUAUUUGCGUAUUGUGUUAUCAGGAUGUAAGUGAAUCUCAAAAAUGGUUAGAUUUGUUGGAAAAACAAAAGCAAGUAAUACUGGCCAAUCAACAACACUUCCAAGAGGAAGUGUUAGAGCAACUAGGCCCCGAACCGGCUCCCGUUGUUGAAGAAAAUUUCUCGCCAACAAGAUCGACACGGGUAACUAGAAGGUCGGCGAGAAUGGGAAACGAACAAACACCAAAGCGAUCUCCGAUAAAGAAUGAACCGACACAGUUACGUAGCGGCAAACGGAAGCUCGACUGGGAACCACCUUCAGAGCAAGAAUCGGAAACACCUACUGAGGCAACUUCAAACGGAGACGAAGCCGACGAAGAAGAAGCCGCAUCUGAUACAACAACGACGAGUAGCGAUACGGAACUGAAGUGCAACAAAUGUGAAUCAGUUUUCAGCGGAAUCGAGGCGCUGGAAAAACAUUUUUGUGAGUUUAUUUGUAGUGUUUGUAGCACUGCAUUAAAGCACAAAUGGAGCCUAAGACGACACUUGGUAGAUGUUCACAAAAUUAAGGCCACGGAAUGGACGAACUAUUGGAAUCCGAAAGAGUACGGUAAAGAUUCGCAGAAUUUAUUGGUCGAGACGACGAAACCCAAAAAAAGGUAUAGAUAUGAGAGCGAUUCUCCGACAGAUUUAGAAGAGGAUUCUAGUAACGAACAGGCAGCGGAAGCUGGAGUAGAAGUAACAUGCGACUAUUGUGGUGAUAAGUUCGACAGCAAUCAGGAAUUGAAAAGACAUGAUUGCAAUGUUAGAUGCAAUAUAUGCGGAUUCACGUUUGCAUCGCGAAACAAUGUAAAACGUCAUAAAAUUCGGGUACAUAAAAUUGAUCCUUCUGAUCCAUCAUUGAUAAAUAAUCGCGCCAGAUCUGUGUCUCGUGCGGCAUCGCGUCCACCAUCGCGUCCCGCAUCACGAGCUGCUUCGGAACAUGGAUCUGACGAUGAACCACUUGCAGCUCUAGCUAGCAGAAGUGAUGACCUUAAUGAAAGUGAAAAAUCGAGUGGUUGCAAAACUCCUGCCAAAAUAAAGUAUCGUUUUUUCUGUACAGAAUGCGAUUAUUCUAAUCUAAAACGCUACCGUCUCGUGGAUCACAUCGUUGACAAACACGGCAUACCAAAGGAUCAAAUUGAUUCCGAUGCCAUACCGAAACAACCAAGCGAUGGUUCGAAAACGCCCGAAAGACCAAAGACUCCUGCGACAACACCUAGAUCACAUACUACACCAGUUUAUGCACCGCUGCCGGAACCACCAAAGAGUCCAGAUCUGUUGGUGAGCAUGCAGGUGUCACACCAACCCAGGGGUAGAUCAAGGUCAACUUAUCAAGACAGUAUAGAAUAUGGACAAAAGAGAAAACGCUCUCUCUCGGCUUGCUCCAACAAAUCAGUGAAUUUUUCCAGGUCACGUUCUAUCCCUCCCCCAGAUCGGGAGGUUUUGGUUGCAAAACGUCGGCUUUCUACAUCCAAUAUUCUUGCAAAGGUUCAUCCAAAACUUCGAACCACUUUAUUGGGUAUGGAAGCAAAUAGAUUGCACUUAGCAAUUCGUCCUGGAUGUGAACUGCUGCCUCCUAAUCAACAGUACCGUAUACGUGCUUCGUCCUAUAUCAAUCAUGAGCCCUGCCCAAUGAAGAAAUUAUUCAAACUACGGGUUCCCGUGGGCAUCGAACGAGAACGAGUUCACCAAAUGCGCGAGUUGUUCCGAAAAAUGUCACAUCGCGUCAGUGUUCAGUCCAAGGUCAAUAGCAUCGAUGUGGAAUCAUUGGUCCUAGACCAAGUACAAUCGAAUUCGUCUUCUCCAUUAGAUGCGUUAGAUCAGGAUCCUUUAAACAGAACUACUCCGGCUACGGCAAUGGUGAACUGUGCCGCCUCGGAACAGGAAGGUGUUAUCUACGAAGUACGUGAAGUUGAUACACAAAAUGUGACUACAAUUUGUGGCACGAGUAGCAACGUAAUACAAGUGGUUGAAGGUCCAGUCUCCGAUCAAGCUCAUUUACCGGAACAAAAGAAAAAGAAAUCAAAAAAUAAAAAAGAGAAACGAAGAAGAAGUCUGAAGGAAUCUGACGUGCCAGAUACAUUAGUACAGCCAAAAGUUGAAAAUGAUAUUGACGGUACAGAAGUAACUGAAAUUCCUAUUGUUGAGCAAGAUAAAAGUAGUGAGGUCGGUAAUACUAGCGAACUACAUCCAGUUGGAAUAAUAGAGCCCCAGGAUACACCAUCGGAAAUUACAUGCCAGCCGCAAAGUAUUGUGGAGACGGAAUCCACCGACCAAUCCAAUCAACCAGAGCAGUUAAUGGAUCAACAAGAGUCAGCAGCCACCGAGGUCGGUCAAACUAGCACAUUGAAUGGUCACGAUUCAACACAAGAACUACAACAGAAAGAAAUGGAACAAUGUGAAACAAUAGUGAAGCAGUCUGACGAAGAAUUUAUAUUAUCGACAACGUUAGAAGAAAACAAGUUAGAUGAGAUAGCUGAAGAAAACGCUAGAGGUCUGGACGACGAACAAGAAGAGCAAGAAGAUCAGGAUAUAGUUCAAAUGAUAACACCGGAUUAAUUAGGAAUAAUCACUAAUUAAGCAACAAAUGAGUUCGUUUGUACUACAUUACUGUUUGGAUGAUCUAAUUGUUACAGAUAUAGUUUUAUGAUACCUUGAACCCAUUCAAACCAGGGACAUUCGAAUAAAAAUGGUGAAUAAAGAAUUCAUAUCAAUUUGA